ACAAAUGUUCCUGGUGGCCUGUGGCCGGUGGUCGCCUUGCAGUGCUGUUGCUCUUUCUUUCAGUUCCUCGAAGUUUUUUAGAAACUUCCCAGGUGGCCGGAGCUGGGAGUUGCCUGCUCCCUGUGGCUUUGGCUAGAUGCACAGGCUCUGGGGAUCUCCUGUUGUGGAUUCUGGCACCGUUAUCAUGAGUGACACUUUGACGCCAGAGGUCAUUGGUCGAAGAGUUGAUGUCAGUGGAGAACGCGCCACAGUGCUUUUCUACGGCCCCGUCCCUCCUGUGGCAGGACUCUGGUUAGGAGUAGAAUGGGACAACCCUGAGAGGGGCAAGCACGAUGGAAGCCACGAAGGGACUGUGUAUUUUAAAUGCAGCCACCCCACAGGAGGGUCCUUCAUUCGUCCCAACAAGGCCAACUUUGGAGUAGACUUUCUCACUGCAGUUGAGAACCGCUAUGUGUUAAAAGAUGGACCAGAGGAAGACGGAAAAGAGCAAAUUGUGAAAAUUGCAAAUAGACCCGUGGAAACGAUUGGUUUUGACUCUAUUAGAAAACAGCAAAGCCAGCUGAGCACGUUGCAAGAAAUUUCUCUGAGGAAAUGCGCUGUAUGUUGUGCCGGGGACAAAGGAGCCAUUGCCAAAGCGUGUCCCAACGUGAGAGAAGUAGAUCUGUCAGCAAACCUGCUGUCGGCGUGGGGCGAAGUCGUGGACAUUGCGGAUCAGCUCAGACACCUGGAGGUCCUCAAUCUCAGGGACAACAGGCUGAGGUUUCCCGCCGCCGGCUCGCCGCCUGCAGCCGCAGCGUUUCCUGCACUGAAGGUCCUGGUCCUCAGCCGAACGGGAGUGACGUGGGCCGAGGUGCUGCGCUGUGCCGAGGGCUGGCCGGCCCUGGAGGAGCUCUACCUGGAGUCGAACGGCCUUUCCAUCUCCGAAAGGCCGGCUGAUGUUCUACAGAUGGUCAAGUUAUUAGACCUUUCCCAUAAUCAGUUAAUUGAUGAAAAUCAGCUGUUUCUAAUAGCAUAUCUGCCCAGAUUAGAACAACUAAUUCUUUGUAACACGGGGAUUUCUUCUCUACAUUUCCCAGAUGCUGGGAUCGGGUGCAAGACAUCGAUGUUCCCUUCCUUGCAGAACCUUGUAGUCAACGACAACCGGAUAUCUCAGUGGUCGUCUAUCAACGAGCUGGAUAAGCUGCAGAGCCUGCGCUCUCUGUCCUGCCGAAGAAACCCCCUGACUGAGGGGAACGGCGAGCAGACCGCCUACCGGUUCAUCAUCGCCAAGAUCGGUCAGCUGCAGACCCUGAACAAAUGCCAGAUUCUCCCCGAGGACAGGCGUGGAGCCGAGCUGGAGUACAGAAAGGCGUUUGGAAAUGAGUGGAAAAAGGCGGGCGGACACCAGGAUCCAGACAAGAACAGGCCGAGCGAGGAGUUCCUGGCAGCCCACCCCAGAUACCAGGCGCUCUGCCUCAAGUAUGGUGCGCCUGAAGACGGGGAGCUCAAAACACAGCAGCCCUGUUUGCUCAAAAAUCAGCUGCUAGCACUGAGGAUAAAGUACCCUAACCAUCUCGAUCAGAAAGUCUUGGAGAAACAACUACCAGACUCCAUGACAAUUCAGAAGGUGAAAGGGCUGCUGUCACGCCUCCUCAGAGUUCCCGUGUCAGACCUCCUGCUGUCCUACGAGAGUCCCAAAAUGCCGGGCAGAGAGAUUGAGCUAGAAAAUGACCAACAGUCGUUACAGUUUUACUCUGUGGAAAGUGGAGACUGUCUGUUGGUGCGAUGGUGACGGCCCACUGGUGAAGCUGACACCACACUGUCACCGGGCCUGGGGUUCCCUGGAAACGAAUGCUGUGUUAGAGCAGCUCUGCUGCCACACACACGAAAAAGGUUUUGUAACUUGCCCUACAUACAGAAAAGGUGGUACUUUUCAUUAGAAAGAAACCACUUCUAGGCUUGUAUAUAAUAGCAAUAAUAAAGGCUUUGUACCUAC